CACCGCUUCCGGUUGUCGCCACCGUCUUUGUGUCUUCGGCCUGACGUGUUGACGCUCGUCAGCCGUGUACUUUCCCUUUUUUUAUGCCCUUUGAGGAUAUAUUUACAUAUAUAUCCACAUUUUCCUGCUAUUGAAUGACAGUCGACUCGGAAAUAUUUAUGCCUAAAAGUAAAGCGCCGAAAAUGGAAGACUUGGACUACAUCCCAGUAGACCUGAGCCCAGAGGAGCGCUCUGAACUGGAGGACAUCCGCAGGAGGAAGGGGGUCCUGCUGCAGGAGAUCCAGAGGCUCCGGGAGGAGCUCAGGGAGGCCAUUUUGGAGGUGGAGGGCCUGGAGGCCAGCACGGAGGGCAGUAAAACUCUUCAGAAGAGCCGCCACGUGGCAAUGGGAAGGAAGAAGUUCAACAUGGACCCCAAAAAGGGCAUCGUGUUUCUGGUGGAGAACGAGCUGCUCAGACACACGGCAGAGGACAUCGCUCAGUUCCUCUACAAAGGAGAGGGCCUCAACAAGACGGCCAUCGGAGAUUACCUGGGAGAACGGGACGACUUCAACAUCAAAGUUCUCCAAGCUUUCGUGGACCUGCACGAGUUCACAGACCUCAACCUCGUCCAGGCGCUCAGACAGUUUUUGUGGAGCUUCCGUUUGCCCGGUGAGGCCCAGAAGAUCGAUAGAAUGAUGGAGGCCUUUGCUCAGAGAUACUGUCGCUGCAACCCCGGCGUCUUCCAGAGCACUGACACAUGUUACGUGCUGUCAUUCGCCAUCAUCAUGCUCAACACCAGCCUCCAUAACCCCAACGUACGGGACAAGCCUGGAGUGGACCGCUUCAUCUCCAUGAACAGAGGCAUCAACGAUGGGGGGGACCUGCCCGAGGACCUCCUGCGGAACCUGUAUGAAAGCAUCAAAAACGAGCCCUUCAAGAUCCCGGAGGAUGACGGCAACGACCUCACGCACACCUUCUUCAACCCCGACAGAGAGGGAUGGCUGCUCAAACUGGGGGGGCGCGUGAAAACCUGGAAAAGGCGAUGGUUCAUCCUCACAGACAACUGCCUUUACUACUUUGAAUACACAACAGACAAGGAACCCCGAGGCAUCAUUCCCCUGGAGAACCUGAGCAUCCGCGAGGUGGAAGACCCGCGCAAACCGAACUGCUUUGAGUUGUACAUCCCCAACAACCGCGGCCAGCUGAUCAAGGCGUGCAAGACGGAGGCUGACGGCCGGGUGGUGGAAGGGAACCACAUGGUGUACCGUAUCUCCGCCCCCACGCCCGAGGAGAAGGACGAGUGGAUCCACAGCAUCAAGUCGGCGGUGAGCGUGGACCCCUUCUACGAAAUGCUGGCCGCCAGGAAGAAGCGUAUAUCACUGAAGAAGAAAGAAGAACAGCCCUAAGAUGUGCUUCCCUCCAUCCAUCCUUCCGUCCUUCACUCAUCCCCUUCGCCUCCCGACAUCUCCUCGCCCUCCCUUGACCCCCCCGUCUUUGUUGGCAUCACUUCCGCACGUUAGAGCAGCCCGACAAGAACAUAACUCCGCCGCGGUGGCGUGGCGUGGCGUGGACGGUGAGAUGAAGCAGCAGCGCAGCGUCCGCCCUUACGUCUUGAUCCACUCCAGAAGGCAGCUCCUUGUUUUUUACUUUCUUGUACAUAGACCUUUCUAGAUUUCUUUAUGCGUCCCGUAGAAGAGAUUUUAUUUAUUCUUUCUUUCUUUUCGUACAAGCUACUGUAGGAGCGCGUGUGGGCGAGUGGCGGCGUGGGACGCCCGUCCCGCUCGUCCCGCUCGUGUACUGAUGUUAAGAAGUGGCCUCGAAGAAGAUACAUUUUUUUUAGCAUCUGGUAAGCACAAGCGUCGAUUCGCCCGUGGAGCACAAUUGAUGCGCUUGUUUGUUUUGUUUUUUUAGAUGUGCUCCCAAUUGGACAGUUUUAAAAGUGUAUAUUGUAGACUGUAGGAAAAAGUAACGCUCCGAUAUUUGUUUAGCGCACUUUAUUUACUUUUUUAUUUGAGCAUCGGAAGGGAACAGUGCUGCUGUGACGAGCAGUGCUCCUUAGCGCCCCCUGUCAGCAACAGUGUUUUAGACCCGAAAGGAACGCCGCCGCCCCCACCUGGUCAGUAGAAGCUAUAGCAGCCUGUCUGCCGGCUGCUGGGUUUGGAUAGAAAUUGCAUGAGGACGAAUGACGCAGAUGUUUUGGACCUUAACUGAGUUGCCUUUAGUUCUCCCUCGUCUCUUCCAAAGCUUCGUCGUUUGUUGGCCUUCUGGGAGAUGCUUGAAGUGCAAAGGUGCCAAAAAAAAAAGAAAAAAACACAAAAUAUUGGACGAGACCCCCAAAGGGACAUUAAGAAAAUAAGAUUAUGGGGUUUAAAAAAAUGUAUGUUUGCGAGAUCUUGCUAAACAGUUUACAUUAAGAGCAUUGUACUUCCGCUACUUCCGUGUUGGGAGUGGACGUUUGCAGCACAUUGGUCCACGUUCUGAUAAGACUGUUUACUGCUAGGACAAACAGGAUGGAUAAUCAUGGCUGUUCCUUUUCAGUACCAGUACUCUGGCGAGCCGAAUAACCAUCACGUAUUUGGAAACGUGUUCCAUUCAUACCUCUACGGUUAUGCUGACGAUGCAAAUGAUGCAAUUCCACCUGGUUUUUGCUCUGCGGAGGCAGGCCAUGACCACAAGUGUGUCCUAGUUGGCUAGUCUCUGUAAAAAUUGUCUUUUUUUAACCCAUCCAUUUUUUUUCACCAUAUCCCAUCGGGGGCUCCGCCAUCCUGUCGGUACAGCAAACAAAUGUUACAAAAACCAACGGAAGCCGGUGUGACUGAGCCACCUCUUUCACAGAAGACAAGUGUUUAUUUUCUAUUUAUUUAUUUACUGUCAGGUGACCAUGGGUACAAGAUCAUCUGUAAAUGUAGCAAAACGGUGAAAACCACAAAACACAUCGGUGCCAGUAAACUACUGUGUAACAAUAAAAAACAAAAGCUGA